AUGCCCAGGCUGCGCCGCUCCCUGCGCAUCGCCGCAGCGCGAGCCCUCGUCCUCCUCGUCCUCGCCGCCGUCCUCCUCGUCGCGACAAAGCACCGCUUCGCACCGCGACUCGUCCCGCCAGACCUCGCAGCAGCACGCUCAGUCCUCUGGGUCACGGCUCAUCCCGACGACGAGUCCUUCUUCUUCGCGCCAAGCAUCCUCACCCUCCUCGACUCGCCCCACAACGCCCAGGGAGCCCUGCUCUGCCUCUCCAUCGGCAACCACGACGGCCUCGGCGGCAUUCGACGACAAGAGCUCGGGGCGUCGUGCGACGCGCUCGGCAUCGCGAGGGACCGCUGCACGGCGCUCGACCUGCCAACACUUCGAGACGACCCCACGGUGUGGUGGGAGACCGAGGAGGUCGAGCAGGUCGUUCGGCGCUACGUCAAGGCGUGGGACGUUGACGCGGUCAUCUCGUUCGACGACUAUGGCGUAUCGGGCCACGCCAACCACCGUGCACUGUCCUCGGCGCUCAGCUCGAUCGCCGCCGCCGACCCGUCCUUCCCUCCCGUCUACGCCGUCGAGUCGACCUCGGUCCUCGCCAAGUACACCUCGCUCGUCCUCCUCCCCCUCGCCCUCCUCGCGCGCCUCCUGCCCUCGUCCUCUCCCUCCUCGUCGCCCUCGAGCGCCCUCUUCGUCAACUCGCUCGCGCAGUACCGCGCGACCCGGCGCUCGUUCGCGGCGCACGAGAGCCAGGCCGUGUGGUUCAGGACGCUGUUCGUCGGCUGCAGCCGGUACUUGUGGUGGGUCGAGCUGAGGAGGGUCGGUGGGUAG